AUGGUUCUCGUCCACCGUCCCAGAGCUCCCAGGGGCCCAGAAUCCCCUCCCAGAAUCAUCAAGUUCGCCCUCCACGCACCCACGUCAGCGGAUAAGCCUCCCACGCCCUGGAUGGAAUUCGACUACCACUUCGCCUCCCCUCUCCCUCAUCACGACGACGACGACGACAACAACAACAACGCCACCACGACGGGAAUAGUAAGCCUAGCCUAUACCAUUCGCUGCGACGUCUCGACCGUCAAAAUGGCCACUCUCCUCGCCGAGUUCAAACAGCGACACGCCCUGUACCCGAUGGAAGGCACAGCGGCGACGGGGAUGACAGAGGAGAUGAGGAGGGAGCACAAUGAGGUCGCCUGGGCCUUGACAGCGCUGAAUCCAAUACUGCGGGGCCGAGAUCCUCAAAAGCCUGACCUGCUUCGUCGAGCGGUUGAGUGCUGGAUGGUCGUCAGGGAGGACGUGGAGCGGGUCAAGGCGGUUGUGGCCUCAUCGAGCCACUCCGAAUAG